AUGGAGUCCACCCCAGUUAAGCUCUAUGUUGAUGAUGGCAGCCAGCCUUCCAGAGCAUGCAUGAUCUUCUGUGAGAUGAACAACAUUCCUUAUGAGAAGGUCGAGACUAGACUCGUUAAAGGUGAUAAUAGGAAGGAGGAGUUCCUGAAGAUUAACCCUCUUGGACAAGUCCCUGCUAUGAAGCAUGGAGAGUUUUGUCUCAGAGAAGGCCAUGCCAUCAUGAAAUAUCUACAUGCCUCUUUUGACUGUGCAGAUCAUUGGUAUCCUGCCUGUAUCAAAAAGAGAGCCAAAGUAGAUGAGCUUCUCGAUUGGUACCAUUCUGUAUUGAGACAAGGAGCUGCUCCAGUUGUGUUCAAGACAGUCUUCUCUAAAUUUUUUGGAAUGAAGUUCCCAGAGGAUGAAAUCAAGAUGCAUCACAAGAUUCUGAAAUUGUCUCUUAAGAACAUUGAAAAUAUUUUCUUGACAGACGAUUUUCUUGCUGGGCCUGAGAUUUGCAUUGCUGAUCUAACCUUCUACAAUGAGAUCCUUCAGCUAAAGUAUGUUGAAUAUGAUUUAUCAAAAUAUCCAAAACUAUUAGCAUGGUGUGACAGAAUGGCAGCAAUCCCAGAAGUUCAAAAGAUUACCAAGGUCAUCCUCUCGUUCAUAAAAGCUUUUUUGGAUAAACCCAAAGCCAAAAUUUAGGUUUUAUCAAAUUAAUGACGUUUUUCAAUA